AUGAUGAAAACAUCUUCCUUGUGUGCCGCUACAUCAUCAGUGUUCUUCCUUGCCUUCUUUCUUGCCAUCUCUUCUUUUCUAUUCUUCUUUUCGGUUGAUCUCGUGAAAGGCAUUCCAACACUCUUGAAGGGAAAUAUUAAAGCAAGAACAACAACAAACACGUUGGCCAACAAUGAGAAUGGAUCCGUUUGUAGAGCUUUGGCAUUGGGAGGAGGUGGCGAUCGUGGAGCCUAUGAAGCUGGUGUGUUAAAGUAUUUGGUUGAGAAUUUACCAGCUGAUCAAGUGAAAUAUCAAGUCAUUGGUGGUAUUAGUGCUGGUUCGAUCAACAGUGUUGGAUUUGGACAAUUCCCCAUUGGACAAGAGAGACAAGGAUUGGAUUUUCUCCUUCGUCAUUGGACUUCUCUCACUGCUUCAGAUGUUUACAAAAAUUGGCCACUUGGAAUUGCUCAAGGUUUCUUAUUCAAGACAGCUCUUUUCAAUACAGAUCCACUUCACAAGUUUCUCACUAGAAAUGUGAAUUUGACAAGCAUUAGAAACUCAGGAAGAAGAAUAUUGAUGGGUGCAACUAAUUUGAAUACGAACAAGUAUGAACAAUUUGAUCAAUAUACUGAUGAUCUUGUGGAGGCAACAAGAGCAUCUUCUGCUGUGCCUGGAGUGUUGGAAGCAGUUUCAAUGAAAGGUUCAUUGUAUGUGGAUGGUGGAGCCAAAUACAUGACUCCUAUUUCUGAUGUCAUUGCUGAAUGUUUCAAGUUUACCAAUGCUUCACAUGUCAAUGUGGAUGUCAUUUUGGCUAUUGGAGAUUUUCAGUUUGCCAAUUAUUUGGAAAACAUUCAAACAACUCCUUUCAUCUUGUUGAGAACUUUGUUCAAUGUGGUGGAUGAUAUCUUUACCAAGGAUAUUACUAAUGCUCAAAUUGCUUUUGGCAACAAGGUCACUUUUAGAAUUUUCAAACCCUCUAAAUGGUUGCCUGGAUGGUUCCUUGGAUUCGACCAUUCUGAAGAAAUGAUUGAUAUUGGUUAUCAAGAUGCUCGCAAUGUAUUGAAUAGCAUUAGAAAUAGCCGUCGUGUACAAUAA